UCAUUUGAAGUCAAGUGCGUUAAUCGAUCAGCGUUACUUUCAAUGUACAUGUGGAUGCUGAUUGCACCAUAAACAUUGGGCUUUUAUCAUGUUUUCAUCAAACCGGUAGCAUUGAAAUUAGUCAAAAAUGGGAAAGAACAAAAACAGAACAAUCCUGCCUGGGGCAACAAGGGAGGAGCUCAUGAUUUUAACUGUAUCGGAAAUUGUGAAAGAGUUGCUUCAAGCCCAUGAGGAUGGCAAAGAUGUUAACCUAAAUAGAAUUAAGUCUAGAAUAUCCAGCAAAUAUGGAUUGUCAAGUCAGCCGAGACUGGUUGAUAUCAUCGCAGCAGUUCCCCCACAACAUAAAAAGAUACUUCUGCCUAAACUCAAGGCCAAGCCAGUAAGGACAGCCAGUGGGAUAGCUGUUGUAGCAGUCAUGUGCAAACCACACCGAUGUCCACAUAUUGCAAUGACGGGUAACAUUUGUGUGUACUGUCCUGGAGGACCAGAUUCUGACUUCGAGUACUCCACACAGUCAUACACUGGAUACGAGCCUACAUCAAUGAGAGCCAUUCGUGCCCGAUACAAUCCUUACUUACAGACACGACAUCGAGUAGAACAGCUGAUGUCACUUGGACACAGUGUGGACAAAGUGGAGUUUAUUGUGAUGGGCGGCACAUUCAUGAGUCUUCCCGAUGAUUACCGAGACUACUUCAUACGGAAUCUACACGAUGCCUUGUCUGGUCACACCAGUAGUAGUGUUGAAGAAGCGGUCAAGUACUCAGAGAAAAGCAAGUCGAAAUGUAUAGGUAUCACCAUAGAAACCCGUCCGGAUUAUUGUCUGAGGAAACACAUCAGUGACAUGUUGAAGUAUGGCUGUACACGACAGGAGAUCGGGGUGCAAAGUGUAUAUGAAGAUGUUGCCAGGGACACCAACAGAGGUCACACUGUGAAGGCUGUGUGCGAGUCCUUCAGGAUGUCAAAAGAUGCAGGGUUCAAGGUCGUCGCACACAUGAUGCCAGACUUACCCAAUGUUAGCUGGGAGAGAGACAUAGAACAGUUUAUUGUAAGUUUUUUUGAAAAUCCUGCAUUUAGAGCUGAUGGUUUAAAGAUUUAUCCUACACUAGUGAUUAGAGGGACAGGUCUGUAUGAGUUAUGGAAGACAGGCCGAUACAAGAGUUAUCCCCCCAGUGGACUUGUGGAUCUGGUUGCUAGGAUACUGGCAUUAGUCCCGCCCUGGACCAGAGUCUACAGAGUACAAAGAGAUAUUCCGAUGCCCCUGGUAAGCUCUGGUGUGGAGCAUGGUAACCUUCGGGAACUAGCACUUGCACGAAUGAAAGACCUCGGUUCCCAAUGUCGAGAUGUCCGUACACGCGAGGUUGGCAUACAGGAAAUACAUCACAAGGUCAAACCGUUUGAGGCAGAACUGAUCCGUAGAGACUAUGUGGCCAAUGGUGGAUGGGAAACAUUCCUGUCAUAUGAGGAUCCAGAACAGGAUAUUCUCAUUGGUCUGCUACGACUACGUAGAUGUGCAGCCGACACAUUCAGGGCAGAGUUGAAGGGCGGAUGUUCUAUUGUACGUGAACUGCAUGUCUAUGGUACAGCCGUACCAGUCCAUGGUAGAGACCCAACAAAGUUCCAACAUCAGGGUUUUGGUAUGUUGUUAAUGGAGGAGGCAGCACGGAUAGCUAGGGAGGAGCAUGGUUCACAGAGAAUAGCUGUUAUUUCAGGUGUGGGAACGCGGAACUACUACAGGAAGUUGGGAUAUGAACUGGAGGGUCCAUACAUGACCAAGUCCCUGUGACCUUCCUGCCACACCAGACCUUCCCCAGAUCUGAAGACACACUGCCUGUGAUGUCCUGCCAAGGGCACUGUUAUCUGGAUCUACAAACAUCUAUGAGGGAUAACAGUUUGCAACAUAUAUAGUUAUUGGGGACAAAAAAGUGGAGUAAAAAACAAGGCUUCUGUGAUUCUGACCCCAAAAUCUACGUCCGACGGUACAUACCUGUAUUGUGUAUAAUGUUGUUCUCUUUUUCUCUCGACUCUUAUCUAAGAUACCAAGGAUUAGACAAUUGUAAAUGGAAAAACCACAAUCAAUGUUCUCGAUUCUGUACAGAUUAACCAAGAACCUAGGACAUCCUACCGUGGUGUUUCCGUGUGUCCUUACAGAGGUGGUAAACAUUAUUGACAUGGACUAUCAGCUGAUGACUUAAACCAUGUUCUAAAAGAAAUGCCAGGAAAGACGGACAUUACUCUAUAAUUUAGAAAGUGUUUUAUUUCUCAUGCAGUACCAUCCUACAUGUCUUUCAUGGUGGAGUAGAUUGUGAUGUUCUCCUUCGUUAUGUACAGAGACAAUACAAAGCAUCACAGAUGACAAUAGAUUAUUAUUGUUGUAAUAAAUUAAUUUGAAAAUCA